AAAAAAUUUGGCUUCUUGCCUUAGUCAAACAGUAUAAAUAAAUCAGGCCCCUGGUUUGCUGCACCAUCAGCUCAGCUCUUCACUGAAACCAGCUCUAACACCAUGCUGUCCUCCAGACUCAGCAGCACACUGUUGCUCGCAGCAACAUGUGUACUCAUGACUUCAGGCUUUGCUAGAGCUGGUCCUUUAGCCCACUUCCCAGUGUCAACAGAGAGGGUGAUCACCUGUGACAGCCUCGACAAUGUACAACGCCUGAGCUGUGAGAAUGGAGUGAUCAUUGUGCAGUCAGUUCUGUACGGAAGGACAGAUGCAGAAACCUGCAGUGAGGGGAGACCUGCAGAACAGCUUAAAAAUACACAAUGUUCCCAGGAUGGCGCCCUGAAGGUUGUCAAGAGCAGAUGUGAUGGUCAGAAGGUGUGUGAAAUAAAUACAAACCUCUUCCGUACUUCUGAUCCGUGCUACGGCAUUUACAAAUACGUGGACACCACCUACGCCUGCUUCCCAGCCAUCCACAGUGUGACAUGUGAGGAUUCUCUGGCAAACCUUCAGUGCGAUGAAGGACAGGUUUUACUUAUUCACGGAGCUGAUUACGGACGUCAUGAUGCAACUACAUGCUCUUUCAAUCGUCCAGCCUCUCAGCUCCAAAAUGUCCAAUGCUCAAAGCAAAUAAACAAAGUAGCUGAGAGCUGUAACGGGAAAAGCAGCUGUACUGUCAAAGUGAGUGGCUCUGUGUUUGGAGACCCAUGUUAUGGCACCUACAAGUACCUGGAGGUGGUUUACAGCUGUCACUUUGCAGAUGAAAGCUGAAUGCAGCUGAAUGAAGGAAAUCACUGACAUCAAAUACUAUCAGCGUCUAUUAUCUUUGAAUAAAUUGUGUAAUGAAUCAAUUAUCAAUCAAAAAGAAAAAGAUCAAUCAAUAUCCAGUGCAACGUAUGGUCAAAUAUAUAAAGACAGGAACUGAUUUUACAUGCAUAUCAAUAGAUUUAUUCAAGACAUGUCAACUUGUGGUCUGUGGUGUCUAGAUAUAUUUGGCCUUUAUUCUAAAUGUAAAACUGAUUGCCUUAAAUCAUUUUUUCUGCUUCACUCUUAAUUUUGCCUUCGAUAAUAAAAUAAUCACAAACUGA